AUGCAGCAGCAAGACGCAUACCUGCUGCCGGCCAGUCCCGCUGGAGGCCGUUCGGCUGCCGACUACCGCCCCAGUGUGAAGAAAGCGCAGGGUCAUGUCCCCGCAUGUCUGGUCAAUGCCUCGGUGACGUACUGCAAUAACGAUCACAUAUAUGCCUUCGGUGGCUUCGACCAGUAUACAGACGAAGUCUACAACCAUGUGCUCCGAUUGGACCUCAAUACUUUGCGAUGGGAAUUGGUCGAUAACUAUGGAGAUAUUCCUGGCGUGCGCAUGGGACACACCGCUACCCUGUACCAAGGCGACAAGCUGAUUGUAUUCGGCGGCGAAAAUGAACACCGCGACUAUCUAUCAGACAUCGUCAUCCUCGAUUUACAAACUUUCACCUGGACAAUGCCCGAAAUUCAUGGAACGGCCCCUCGUGGGAGGGCACGCCAUGCUGCGGUUAUACAUGAUGACAAGCUCUUUAUUGUUGGCGGAGUCACCGGGGAGAACAACGUGAUUUUGGACGACCUCACCUACCUGGAUCUACAAACCUGGACUUGGUCACGUACAUGGAGCUUCACUGCCCGAUUCGAUCAUACGGCCUGGGUCUGGGGUAAUCGUCUCUGGAUUUUCGGUGGAUUGGGUCCCAAUAUGGAGCGAACAACCGACAUCUGGUGGCUCGACCUCAAAGGCUCCCCAUCGCUGGCCGGCAUCACUUCUUCCCAAGGUACCGUGGACACCCCGGAUACACGGAUCACUCUGGCUCAUCUUCCAGACUCCAUCUCUAGUCCUUCUCAGCAAAUGUCUCCGCGGUCGGGGAUCUACGCCGCCAAUUCCGCCAGUGUACAAGUCCGCAGUUUUGGUCGCCGUAAGCCACUCGCCCCAGGCGCCAUUUCCUGUCUACGAUUCCAUUCAGGUCCGCACGUGCCCGCUUUGUUUUCUGGUACCCAUUUCCAAUCCUUUGCGUCGGGGGUAUUAUUGGACUUGAUCACUCCAUCGGAGACUGUGCGGUCGCAUGACUGUAACUUGUCCGCCCUAGAACUCAAUUCCUUGCGCUGGCAGCGGCUCGCUGACGGCCAAGAGAUCUUCCGGCCUGGAUACAGGUGGCAUUAUUGCACGGUCAAUGAGGCGGGAACUAAGGCAUGGCUUUUGGGAUGCAGCCUCGAUAUAGCGAAUGCACCAGGAGGAAGCGACGAGAAUCACAUGGGCGAAGUGCUUUCAAUCGACCUGGAGAAGUACGGCCUGCUGGGCAACGAGCUCUCGGCGGAAGCACCCGAACAAGAUGCCCCUUGGCCAGCUGAUCGACCCGGACAGUCGCCUGUUUCUGGACUGGGGUCUGACCUCUCUGCCGUGUUCGAUCAGACUCCCGAGUCGGGCAGUGGUGCUGACUUUGUCAUCACCGCGAUCCGUGACGAUCACGACUUUUUAAUAUCAAAUGACCCCGGCGAAACACCGUCUGGCUCGCCCACUGACUCCAGGCCAACUUUUGUGGAGCCUAAUUCGUCUACUUCGGCGCCCAUCCAUGUCCACAAAAUCAUUUUGCAACUCCGUUGGCCCCAUUUCAAGCGUCUCUACUCGGCACAGAUGGCGGAAUACCAUACGAAACGCAUGCAUAUUCCCGAACCGUACUCGGUUGUCCGUGCAUUUCUGUACUACCUGUACACGGACAGUAUCGCGGGCCAUCCGGAGUACUGCUCGACGGUGAUCGACGUGGCGGGCAUGCUGGUCAUGGCCAAUCUUUACGACAUGCCCAAGUUGCGCCUGCUCUGCGUGAAUCGGCUGAGUCGCGAAAUUGACGUGGAAAAUGCUGCGAUUGUCUGGGAGCGUGCUGGGCGGACCAACGAGCAUUGGCUGAUGCGCCGAGCCGCACAGUUCUGCCUGACACACUGGGGUCGCGUGGUGCGGACAGACGGGUUCAAGUCGCUCAGCCAUCACAGUCUGAUCGAGCUGUGCGAAGUGGUCGACACGGAGGGUCGUAUCAUUGCAGGGCCAGAGCUCGAAAUGGUGAGCACGUUCAGCGGAGACCCCCAGUGCGAUCGCGACUCGAAGGGUUCACGACUGCGGUUGGGGUCUACAGCCGACGAGCUGUCCGAGAUGGAUGGCGAUGACGAUGGAAUGGAGAUAUCAUGA